AGGACGAGGAAGCGAUGGACCGUGUGAUGUGGACUCCAGUGGUGGGUUCCUCUGCUCAGCAGGCGAUCUCCGCCUUGCGUGAUGCCUUUGGCGUGCUUGGUGUUUGGCCCGCGGCCUGGCUGGCGGCGCAACGGGUGCGGAUGACCCGCGGCAGGGGCGGACCCGGACGACCCCUUCGCAUGUUAGAACUGGGCUGUGGUUCUGGGCUACCCUCCUUGUGCGCCUUAGCCUUAGGUGUCGAGGUCGUCGCGACCGACUUAGAAGAGCUGCCGUUGCUCUUGCUGAAGGCCGCCUACGACGCCCAAGAGCUUCCGGGCCACUUAGAGGUUCAACAGUUGGAUGUCCUCGCUGCGAUCAGCACUUCCAGAUCUUCCAGCACUUGCCCCUCCGAUGUUCAACGCUUCGAUGUGAUCGUUUGCAGCGACUGCCUUUACAAGUCUGCUGUUGCUCGUGCCAUCGGCCUGCUCAUUGGGCGAGCAUUGCUCUCAUAUCCCAUGACUCGCAUUGUGGUCACGGACGCCAAUCGCCAGGGACGAAAUGACUUCUUGGAUGAGUUGGACUCAGUGCUUGGUUUGAGCCUGGCGGGUGCAAAGCCGCCCUACUUCCAGGCCAUGCCGGUGCCCACUUGGGCGGCCGCUGACGAGACCGAUCCCUUCGAUGGUUCCAUGCCACAGGAGGUCGGUCUGCCGUGGCGCCCAGCGGAGGCUCCGUCUCUCCUGACGCACUGCAUCCAUCGCGGUUGCGGGCGCAGUAGCGGGCAUGAUUCUCGCUCGGGUGACACAGUGACACGUUACAAGCGUUCUGGAAUGCACAAAACAAUGGCCGCACCUGUGCCUCUACGUCUACACCUGCGAGAAAAAGCUCUAUGAUGUUUGUUCG